UCUGCCCUCUGCCCCUCUGCCUCUGUCUUGUCACCUGCACAUUGUGCACGGCAGGCGGAGGCCGAAGAAGGACCAAGAGAGCGAGGAGUAGGAAGCAAGGUGCCGAUUUCACCACCGACUGCUACUAGUGAGAGCGAUGGGCGUGAAGGAGAGAGGCGCCGGCGGCGGCAAGAAGAGGAAGAGGAAAGGGGAUCAUCCACGGCCGAAGCAGCAUGAGCAGAUGAAGAAGCCCGCGGGCACCAAUGGCAGCAUCGACCUCGAACUUCUGGACUGCACGAUCUGUAUGAAUCCUCUACGGCCUCCGAUCUUCCAGUGCGCUGUUGGGCAUGUAAUCUGCGCAUCCUGCCACGACAGCCUGCCAAACAAGGACAGCUGCCACACGUGCAAGACCACCGGCGGCUACAACCGCUGCGUCGCGCUCGAAAAAAUUCUGGAGUCAUUCUGUGUCCUUUGCUCCAACGCGAAGUACGGUUGCACCGCCAAGAUGCGCUACCACGAGGCGGAGAAGCAUGGAAAGUCGUGCCUGCACGCUCCGUGCUCCUGCCCGGAAUCCGGCUGCAGGUUCACCGGCUCCACCGUCAAGCUCCUGGCUCAUCUCACCGGAGAUCACAAGUGGCGAUCCAAGGAGGUCAAGUACAAUGUCAAGUUCACGCUGCAGGUCCAAGAAGGGAUACGCGUUCUCCACAGCCGAGACGGCGUGCCCCUGUUCCUGGUGAAAUUCACCAUGUCGCCGCCUUUAGGCAACAUCGCCUCUUUCCUGUGUGUUGACCCCCAUGCCACGACGAAGCGCAAGUUCAAGUGUCACCUUGGUUCCAGCUGCCUCGCCACGGGUCGUCAGCAAUCCUUGGAUUUUCAGAUCAGGAGCACCACCCUUUCCGACGGGUUACCUCCAACGGAGGACGGCGACUGCUCAUUGUUUCCAUCCAGCACCAGCAGCAUUAGUGUCAGUAUCAUGAAGAUCGAACAGAAACAUUUCCGACAAAGUUUACUCCCGUAUGUGGCAGCUAGCUAGGUGACCGUGUUUGUGCAAUGUAGGUGAAUCGAGGCUCCCUAAUCUAUUAUACAUGCCAGAUGAUUCCUGAAAAAAGUAAGUACUACUGCUGCUAUUCUAUUAAUCACAUGCUAGAAUGUGAGAUGGAUGCUGAAGAAUUGGCUGUGCAGCUGCAGAAGUGAAUUGCUACACUAGCCGAUAGUUCAGAGCAACCUGUGACUGACUAGUAUUGGGUAGCAAAUAUAUAAGUCUGUCUAGUUUGAGAUGCUUCAGGACAUGAACUGCGUGUUUUAUGUGAAACACUUGAUCCUGGCAGGUCAUGAAUAUAUAUGAUUUAGUGAA